AUGACAGAUUCAACUAUUAAACAUAUAGGUGCUGUUUUUCCAAUUACUUCUGAAGCGUUACAAACAGAUAUUAAAUAUCGUCGACGUCGUUCUAUUAUUCAAGAAUUUAGUCUUAAUACUUCAACUCAUGGUAUUCCAGGUAUUGCACGAAGUAGAAGUGUAUAUAAUCGAAUUUUUUGGACAAUUUCAUUUUUGUUUUUUACUGGUGUAAUGAUUUUCUUUAUAACACAAUCUAUACAAGCUUAUUUCGGUUAUCCAACACAAACAUCAGUAUCUUUUGUUGUUCAACGUUCUCAAGCAUUUCCAGCAGUUAGUGUGUGUAAUUAUGCACCGGUGAGAUAUGAUUUAAUCAUUGACACUUUUCUGAAUUAUACAAAUUCACGUGGUUUAACUAAUACAACCGAUAAUAGCACUAUGACAGCACAACAAGCUUCCUAUAUACGUGAUUUUUUGCAAUAUAUAUUCAAUUCCGAACAAGAUUUCAAGCCAUAUCUUUUUUCUUUGCAAUCAAUGUUAUUAAAUUGUGUAUAUAAUGGACAAUAUUGUAACUAUACUGAUUUUACUCCAUUUAUAUCAUCUACUUAUGGUUUUUGCUAUACUUUUAAUGCUAAAAUGAAAUCAAAUGGAAGUACAAUUCGACAAACUACUGAUAAUGGAGGUUCUGGUAAACUCGAAUUAGGAUUCUAUGCACAGAGUCAACAAUAUUUUCCAUAUGUAUCCGCAGAUGCAUCAGUUGGUAUGAUGAUUAUGGUUCAUGAUAAUACAGAAUUACCACUCAUUGAAGUAGCUGGUAUAGAACUUGCAGGUGGUCGUAAGCAUAAAAUAGGCUACAAGAAAAGAAUAAGUCAACUAUUACCACCACCCUAUUCAGAUUGUACGAAUAACAUCUCUCCUGCAAUGCAAGCAAUGUAUGAUCGAUUUACAAAUGCUGAUUAUACUUAUUCACAAGCUAUUUGCACUACAAUAUGUAUACAAACAUAUGUUUAUCAAGAAUGUAAUUGUGUAAAUCCAAAUGAAGUUACUGCUCGAACUAUUGUUAUACAUGGUACAAAUCAACUACUUGAAGCACUAUUAUGUAACCAAACAGAUACUUGUUUUAGUGAUGCAACAAAUCGUAUUACAAAUACAGAUAGUAUCUGGAAUGAGUUUUGUUCUGAAUGUUCACAAGCAUGUUCAUUUGUUGACUUUACUAUUACAACAUCAUCGGUAUCAGCUAUAUCUACACAAUAUGCAUAUAAAUAUAAACCGCUUGUAGAACAAUCUGGUGUACCAUUGCCGAAAAAUUGGUCAGAAAUAUGGCAAACAGAAAUGCAAAAAAACUAUAUAGGAGUUGAUAUUGUAUCUGAAUCAACUCGUGUUGAAGCUUAUACACAAGAUGCAUCUAUAACUGCUGUUGAUCUCAUUUCAAAUAUCGGUGGUAAUACAGGUUUAUGGAUUGGUAUUAGUUUUCUAUCACUUAUGGAACUUAUUGAAAUGUUCUAUCGUCUUAUACGAUAUCAUUGUUAUAUUUUUCGACGGAGAGUACCAGAUGAACAUAAUGCACACCUUUAA